GGUGUUUUGCCUCUGGAAGUGGGCCUGAUGAUGAAGGUGAACUCGCCCCCUCGCUGCCCUAACAUCCUGCGGCUUUUGGACUGGUUUGAGCUCCCUACAAGCUACGUUUUGAUCCUGGAGCUGCUGGAUCCCUGUCAGGAUCUGGCUGAGUUCUGCGAGGCACAAGGCGGCUCCCUGGACGAAAAACUAGCUCGUAAGGUGACGAGGCAGCUGUUGAAGGCACUCUGUCACUGUGAAGGCCGAGGAGUUCUCCACCGUGACGUAAAGCCAGAAAACCUGCUGAUUCAGACCCAGUCUCACAAAGUCAAACUGAUUGACUUUGGCUGUGGAGAUCUGGUGAAAGAUUCCCCCUACAUGUAUUUUGCAGGGACGUAUGAAUAUGCACCUCCUGAAUGGUUUAAGGAAAAGGAGUAUCAGGCAGGUCCAGCUACUGUCUGGUCUGUGGGGGUGACUCUGUUCCAUCUAGUGUGUGGUUUUCUUCCAUUCACCACUAGAGAAGAGAUCAUCCAGGGCCAGCUGCACUUCUCUAAACAGCUGUCUCUAGAGUGCUACGAGCUGAUUCGCUGGUGCCUGAGCUUAAACCCCGAGGAUCGUCCGACCCUGGAGCAGAUUAAACUCCACCCCUGGAUUCAGUCCUGCAGACGCAAGCAUAAAUAA